GGUUUCAGUCGGUGUUUGGGUAAAAUAGCUCCCACAAGAUCAUAUCCACAAAAUGAAGAAAUGGAAAAAAUAAUUAGAAUUAUACAAGAUCUAGUACGAAAUGAAAACUGAUUUGAUGUUUAUUUUCUGUUUUUAAUAAUCAUGUUCGAUUCUUGAAAGAUUCGGUUUUUAAAACCAAAGUUUCAUGCGCGGGAAAGUUUUAAAAAAAUCGUCAGAACCUGUAUUGGUAGCCAAUUUUGAAGUAAAAGAUGCCAGAUAAUUGUUUCUAUCUGAACGUUUUCUAUCUGAACGUUCUUAUAUGUGUAUUAGCGACUUACACACACACACAUUCAUCUAGCCACUUACAUAUGGAUGGUUUCCGACCUGAAGAUUUUUUGAAAUUUUACCAGAAUAUUUCUGUCGAUGUUGAACUUUACAGAAAGGCGAGUGUUUUUGGCAUAAUAACAUUUACAGUAAACCAUGGACAAAAGUUUGCGUUGAAGUUUACUCAUGGAUAUGUGCUGCACGACGAUAUCGAGGUAGAUGUGGAUGGUAGCUCGGUGAAUAUUGUUAAUGCAUGGAAUAAUGAAGUACACAUGUAUAGAGCCGUUUGUACAGAGCCUUCCAAAUGCUCUGCCGUGGUAAGGCUGUUUGAGGGCAAUAUUGACAUAACCAUACAAACUAAACAUAAUUCAUUCGUGGUUGAACCAAGGUCAAGAUACUUUAUCGAAAGGUCACCUCCACAACCAAAAAACGUUUCUUCUUCCCGUAUGACAUUUGACUCAAUAUUUUACAGUUCUAAUGACGUAAGCCUUAAAUUGAAUCAUUCGGUUGCAACGUUUCCGCCGAAUUCCUCUUUUCUGUACGAUUUACACGCAACUGGAUCUCUGCCAAUUUCUAAGCGUCGUAUGAAAAGAAGUUCAUUCAAAACAGAAUGCCUAUUGCAUAUUAUCGCUGAUCAUACAUUUUAUUUACAAACCGGUAAAACCAGUGUUACAAAGACAAUUGCAGAAAUUGUUUAUAUGACUGAACAAGCCGAUCUUAUUUUCCGAAGUACAGACUUUGACGGCGAUGGGAUGGGCGACACAGUUGGGGUUUCGAUAAAGAAAAUCACUGUGUAUCAAAAUGAAACUUACCACAUGGCAAAAACGGAGGAUGUUACACGUUAUCUUGAGACAUUUUCGGAGUAUAACUUUGAUAAUUUUUGCUUAGCAUCGGUAUUCACUAGCAGGGAUUUUGACGGCGGUGUAGUUGGUUUAGCCUGGAUGGCAAGCUCCAACUUACAUGGAUCACCGGGGGGAAUUUGUCAGCGGCCGAUUUUCUACAAAGGGAAAAGAAUAUGGACUAACACUAACCUUGUAACGAAUGUUAACGCAGGAAGGAUACUACCGUCUUUCUUGACUGCUUUAACAUUUGCACACGAAAUCGGGCAUAAUUUUGGCAGCCCGCAUGACGAUUCGCAAAACCCAUCUUGCGUUCCAAACAGCGCUUACGGAAACUACUUGAUGUAUCCUUACACUUCAGAUGCCAAUAAGCCGAACAAUUUCGUAUUUUCACCAUGUAGCAUCAGCUACAUCUACCCCGUAUUGGAAACGAAAGGAACGUGUCUUACAGACAGGGCAGCGUCGAUUUGUGGGAACGGCGAAAUUGAGGCAGGGGAGGAAUGUGACUGUGGAUCUUCAGAGAUGUGCCACCUACUGGAUCACUGCUGCACACCCAGCGACGCGAAAGGAGCAGAUCGACCAUGUACCAUUAAAAGGUCGACCGGGAACCAGUGCUCACCGCUUGCGUCUGUGUGUUGUUCAUCAAGUUGCCGGUAUCGUUCCACCGGUGAAAUGUACGUUUGCCAGGAUUCGACUGAAUGCACGUUGCCCGCAAUAUGUACAACAAACUCGUCAAAUUGCCCGUCUGAGAAGCAUGUAAGUAACGGAACGUUAUGUGACAAUGGAAGAAAAGCAUGCCUGGAUGGGAAAUGCAUGGGAAGCGUUUGUACCGCAACUGGUUAUGCGUCAUGUGUGUGCAGUGGUGACCUUUCUUGCUUUGAGUGCUGUUUGGAUGCUGAUAUGCACUGUAAACCUGCUCAGAAAGACUCGGGCGAAUAUAUUUACCGUUCUAAGGGAAUUUCUUGUAAUGACCGAAAUGGAUUUUGUGACAAGAACGGCGAAUGUGUUUCACUUGAUCCAGAAAGCACAAUCAAAAGGCUGUAUGACAUGUUUAGCAGGGACGAAGCUGAAAAGGUGAAAGAAUGGUUUUCGUCGCAUUGGUAUUACAUUCUGAUUGGAAUGGCUACACUAGCGGGAUUAUGUCUGCUUUUUGUCAAGACUUGUCGAAGAAAUCGAGACGUACAGACGAACGCAUAUUUGCUUGGAAGAUUUGCAGGAAUCCAACGGGAGGCGGAGUUGCAGAAAGCAUAUUUGGAGCGACGACGCGCUUCUAUACAGGCCGAAUACCAACGUAAAAUUGAAAACAUUGGGGUGAACACGCUGUCCAUGGGUGUUCCAAAAGCCCUGGCGAGAUUGAUGGUAUUUUUUCCAACUGUUGAACCCCGAGUGCUUCUGAAGACGCUGGAAAUGAGUGCAAACGAAGAAACGGCGGUUAAAAGUCUUCUUAUAAGAAAAUAUCCUUUCAGGCGAUUGUGUAAACCCCUUUCAAAUAAAAAAAGGAAAUGAUGUCGACACUACGAGACCUCUAGCCGAAUCAGUGUCCAUGGUAGUAACGCUGACGGAUUUGUAAAAAAUGGUCAUCGUGUGAUAGAUUUUUAAUGAUGUACUGCUUUACUGGAAGUGGAAAAUUCAAUUUCUCGGUGUUUAACGUAUCUUGAAGCUAACUUGAUAUUACUUACCGUUAUUUAGUACACGAAUUUCAAGGGUAAAUUACUAACGAAAAUUAAAUGUCAACCUUUAUAGCAAGAUAUAAAACCACAUAGUGCAUUAAUAAUUUUAAUUUAUUUCAUGUAUAAAGGAUUUUGCAUGAAAAAUAAAAUAAAAACUGACCCCAUAAACACACAACCAAAAUGAGAAUUCAGACUCGAUGUCGUAUUUGUCAAAAUGUGUUAAGUUACCGUGAGGUGACUUGCGAUUAUGUCUAAGAAGUUAAAGUUUAAAUGCAAAGUAAAGUUGAUUAAUAUGAGAAAGUUUGGUUAACAAAACAGAUGUUGAAAAAUUGAGAAAUGAAAAUUUUACGUGAGUCAGACCAGUGCAAUAUAAAUGCAAUAUAUAUUAUUUACGUGUGAUUCUUGUUAUGUACUUUAUAACAAACAAAUGAAUUAACAUCAUAAAAUAAUCCAUGUUUUCAUCAUGAUACUAACAUUUAAUUAUUUUAAUUCAAUACUCCUCAAGAUAUCAACACAUGUACAUAUGUGUUUAAUCAAAAGUAUGUUUUUUAUAAAGUAAUGCAAUCUUUUGUGGUCUCAUGAGCGGACAGUGAAGCUCCUGACCAGACUGCGCAGGCUUGUCUGGAGCUACUCUGACCUCAAAUAACACAAGAUCCAUUUUCGCAUGACGCGGCUCGUAUAUGCAUAUCCGUAUUCAAUGUUAAAUAAUUAUUUAAAUGUUAUUGUUGUUCGUUUUUGUUGCUGUUUAAUAAAUAUUAUCGGAAA